AUGUUUCGCGUCCUCUGCUUCCUCGCGGCAGUCGCCGCAGCCACCGCCUGCAGGCCCUGCACUUGUGGUGUAGCCAGAGGAGCUCGUGUCGUGGGUGGUGAGAGAGUGACUCCUGGAGAGUUCCCUUGGCUAGCUGCCCUGAAGAGAGACGGGAAAGUCAUCUGCGGAGCCACCGUAGUUGCUAGAGAUCAUCUUAUCACUGCCACUCACUGCGUUCAUGGGAUUGAAGCUUCACGACUAUCAGUACUCGUUGGUGAAUAUGAUGUGAACAACUCGAGAUCUGACGGCUACGAGGUGAUCCACGUAGUCCAGCACCCUGAUUUCAACAGAUACACCUAUGACUACGACAUAGCUGUCCUAAGACUAGCUGAUCCGUUACCAGAUAGUCUGUUCAGACCUGCAUGUCUACCUGAUGCUGAAGACAUAGAUGGUCUUGAAGGCGAAGAAGCAAUAGUGACAGGUUGGGGCAGCACUGUUGAAAAGGGGCCAGCUUCCAACGUACCGAUGAAAGCUGCCGUGCAGAUUUGGGCCCAAGAAGAGUGUUCAGGCGCAGGUUACGGUCGCAGGAAGGUGACACCGCGCAUGUUGUGUGCGAAUGCCCCUGACAGAGAUGCGUGCACCGGUGACUCCGGUGGACCAUUAUUGGUCUCCCAACCCUAUUUCACUUUAGUUGGUAUUGUGUCGUGGGGUAGAGGGUGUGCCAGACCCGGAUACCCUGGUGUGUACGCUAGAGUUGGACGUUUCCUGCCUUGGCUUCGAGUGGCGCUACGUCAUGCCUGUACCUGCCAACCUCCAGCUUAUGGCUGA